CUGUCGCUCAAACCCCCCGGUCUCCUACCUCUUUUAAGUAUCAAAGUCUCUAUUCUCUCCUUCCUCCAUCUUGCAUCACAACUCAAGCAACAUAAACUUCAAUCUCGUUUCUUCAUGCAUACCAAUCCAGUUCAAGAAGAACACAACCAUGUCACCCCCAUCUCCGAAAUGAACAAUGAUCGCCUAGCUUCCAUGUACAAGAAGAUCGCAGACCCUCCGAGACUCCUCAGCAAUGCUGCCGGCAAAGACUCCUGCUGCAUCUUCCGAGUCCCGCAGAGUCUCCUCGAGAUUAACGGCAAGUCGUACCAGCCCCACAUCGUCUCCAUCGGUCCCUUCCACAGCGGCCAGCCCCACCUCAGAAUGAUCGAGGAGCACAAGUGGCGUUACCUGGGCUCUCUGCUUUCAAGAACAGAGCCCAAAGGGUUGACUCUCCAGCACUACUUGAAGUCCAUAGAGCCAAUGGAAGAUAGAGUCAGAGAGUGUUACUCUGAAACAAUCCACCUCAGUAGUGAUGAGUUCAUCGAAAUGAUGGUUGUUGAUGGUUGCUUCUUAAUCGAGUUGUUUCGAAAAUUUGACCGUGUGGUUCGGUUUGAGCGCGAUGAUCCACUCAUCAAUAUGUUCUGGGUAAUUCCGUUUAUGGUUAGAGAUUUUCUUCGUCUUGAGAACCAAAUCCCCUACUUUAUACUUGAGCAUUUGUAUGAUCUGAUAACCAAGUCGGAAGAUCGUCAAGACUCUGUGAAGUCUUUGUCCUUGCUUGCUUUAAACUUCUUCAACAACCAUAUGGACAGGCCGAAAGAAGUCAUUGCAAAGCUGCAUAAUCUUACAGGUAAGCAUUUGCUUGACUUACUCCGGUCAAGUGUGAUACCAGCCGACCAUGUUGAACCAGGACACAAGAAUAGUACCCCAACCCACAUUAUACAUUGUAUUUCAAAGCUUCGUCGCGCUGGAAUCAAGCUCAAUCCUCCUAAAGAAUACGAAAGCUUCUUGGCGAUCAAGUUCAAGCGUGGAGUUAUCGAAAUGCCCCCAAUCAUCAUAGACGAUUUCAUGAGCUCGUUCUUGUUGAACUGUGUAGCCUAUGAGCAAUGCCACAAGUCAUGCUCCAAACACAUCACCGCUUACGCAACGUUGCUGGAUUACCUAGUGAAUACUUACAAGGAUGUCGAGUAUUUGGCUGACAGAAACAUAAUCGAGAAUUGCUUCGGAAACGAUGAGGAGGUUGCUCAUUUUAUUAACAAUUUGGGUAAGGAUGUGGCUUUUGAUGAUGAAAGAUGUUAUCUGUCGAAAUUGUUCAAUGAUGUUCAUCAGUAUUACAGCAAUAGUAGGCAUGUUCAAUGGGCAAGCUUCAAGUACACUUACUUUGACACUCCAUGGUCGUUUAUUUCGGCUUUUGCUGCGUUGAUUUUGCUCAUAUUCACCUUGCUGCAGACCUUAUACACUGUUUUAAGUUAUUAUCAUUCUUGAGAUUAGGCCUUUGUUUUGAGGGAGUAGGCUGGAAUGAACCAAAACAUUUGUAGACCAAAGGGGCCCCACUGACGUGGUCAGUUAACAUCCUCAGGAAUUGAUUACUUUUUGUUGAUCGUGAAUUGAACGGUAACUGUAAUUGUUGUGCCGUCAAGGUGAAAGGACGAGGGGUUUCUGGUAUUUUUCUAGAUGCCAUAAGAGGCUUAUAGCUAAUAUAUGGGUAGGCAUCUUCUUCAUCAAAACCACUAAAGAUAUCUGGUUUGGCAAUUGGCAACUUCUUCAUCAAAAGCACAACAGAUAAGCGAGGCAUCAAUUAGCUUAUUUGGCAUUCAUGGUCCAGCAGUAAGUUGUUUCUGCUUCUAGUCUUUCGUUUUCUUCACUUUGCCGUUACUCUAUCACUCUAUGAUUCUAGUUGAACCCCAUAGAACCGACAUUUCAGUUGAAGCAGUUCAAAAAUGAUCUUUGUAGGGUUUAUCUAUCUCUCUCUAGUAGUAGUCUCUACCCAACAACAUUGAAACCCACAAACCCAGUGGACAUGGGUUCUCUCAGAAAUGAAUCAGAGAGAGAGAUGACAAGGAGGAGGAAGAGCCCAUUUUAUUAGUAUAGUAAACCCAGAGAUUCUGUGUGUUUCCCAUCACGUACCAGCAACUUUGGGAGAUGUAUAGCAAGGCUGAGGCUAGUUUUGGACUGGUACAUGUUCAUUUAGUGAAACAAAGAUAAAAAUUUCUUUCUUUCAUGACAAUUUUGGUGCUUUCUUAUUUGCAUGUGUGGGUUUUGAACUAUGUAUCUGUUUGUUUUCUUGAAUUUGAUUCAUAUUUAUUUAAAUUUGGGGUUUGCUUUGCUUGGAAUUGAGACUUGAGAGGGUAUCUGAACAAUGGUGGUGGCUUUCACUUGAGUUUAUUGGAAUUCAAAGGAAAUUUAGUGAAA